AUGCAACUCAAGGCCAUCCUAACAGCCCUCGUGGGCGCGGCCAUGGUUGUCGACGCCGCUGAGAUGCGCCGCUCUCCAUUCCGCGCCGCCCUCGAGCGUCGUCAGAACCGCAACGGCGGUCAGCGACAGGGCGGCCAAAAUGGCAACAACGGUGGUGGUAACGGUGGCAACAAUGGCAACGGCAACAAUGGCAACGGCAACAAUGGCAACGGCAACAACCGCGGCGACAAUGGCAAUAACGGUGGUAAUGGCAAUCUUCAGCUGGACCCCAAAGUUUUGCAAAAAGGUUCCUUCUUCGAUGGCGACAACCCUGGCUCCGAUGAACAAGCUGCUUCUGCGGUUUCCAACAACAACUUUAUCAACUUUUGCCAGGGAAAGACCUUGACCAACGGUGCUCAGGUCCGCCAAGGAUCUUGCAACGGUAUAGUCAUGGGCAAUAUUCCCGCUGUCGAAAAGAUGGUCUCUAGUGUCUUUGUUCAACCCCAGAAUGGCGACAACCUCCCUCCCAAGCAGGAAUUCGACAUCCAGGUGCAAAUGGCGAACUUUGCGCCCGGCACCUUCACUAACGCUACUAGCAAUUACUACUCGGCGCCUCAAGAUACCAACGGGCAGGGCUUCAUCAUUGGCCACACCCACGUCACUGUCCAGGACACGGGUCGCGGUCUCAACCCCCAGCAGCCUCUGAACCCCCAGGAGUUUGUCUUUUUCAAGGGCAUCAACGACGCCGGCAACGGUCAGGGUUUACUCUCGGCCAAGGUCGCCGGCGGUCUCCCUCCUGGCAACUACCGUCUGUGCAGCAUGGCUUCUGCUGCCAAUCAUCAGCCCGUCCUUAUGCCCAUCGCCCAGCGCGGUGCUCAAGAUGACUGCGUUCGCUUCACCGUCGGUGGCGGCGGCAAUGGCGGUAACAACAACAACAACAACAACAACGGCGGUGGUAACAACAACAACAACGGCGGUGGUAACAACAACAACAAUGGCGGUGGUAACAACAAAGGCGGUGGUAACAACAACAAUGGCGGUGGUAACAACAACAACGGCCAGAAUCGCAACGGUCAGAAUGGUAACGUCCAGCAAGGCGGAGGCCGAGGUGGUCUGCAGAACAAUGGUCAAGUCAACGACGGCCUGAACGGUCUGUUCCCAGGUGCCGACAGUCUGUUCCCAGGUGCCAACGGGGUGUUUCAAGGUGGAAAGGGCGGACGAAGAGGCCAAGCUGGACAGCGCGGCCUAGGCGGUGCCAGCCAGUCGGCAGCCGUCGGCGGCGUGGCCGCCGCCGAGGUUGUCCAGACCAACGACCCGGACCGCCCCUUUUCCACGCUGGGCAAUAGCUUCACCACCCAGGGCGACGCCGUGCAGCGCUCGUGCGAUGCGCAGCGCGCAGCUUGCCAGGAGGCUGUCCAGUCGGGCACCGCUGAGGGUGCCGACGCUUCCGCGUGCGACGCGCAGUUAGCCCAGUGCAUCUCUGACCUGUCAUAG